GUUGCAGUUCGUAAUGCAUUUUCAAGAUGUUUGCCAAUGAGCUUUGUCCUUUGUAUGACCUAAAUAUGAAAUAUUUAAAGCAUGAUUGUUCCCAUAAAGGAUGAUUGUGAAAAUUUGGAUAUUUAUCGCGGGAUAUUUUUGUAAAGUCUGAAAGCAGUUAAACGUGAAUAGUUAGAGAAGUGAGAAACAGUUGAGAAAUAAUGGCAUCCUCCAGUAGAGCAGAUGAUUACCGAAGGAAGUGGGAUAGAGAUGAAUAUGAGAAGCUGGCAAAAGAGCGGUUGUUGGAAGAGGAUGACUUAGAUUUAGAUUGGAAAACUGAAAAACAGCCUCCAGUUCGUCGUGAAUUUCUCAAGCCAAGAGAUUAUCGGGUUGAUUUAGAAUCAAAACUAGGAAAAACAACUGUAAUCACCAAAACCACACCUGCCUCACAAACUGGAGGUUAUUACUGUAAUGUGUGUGACUGUGUGGUGAAAGAUUCCAUUAACUUUUUAGACCAUAUCAAUGGCAAAAAGCAUCAGAGGAAUCUAGGGAUGUCAAUGAGAGUAGAAAGAUCUACUCUUGAACAAGUGAAACAGCGCAUGGAAAUGAACAAACGGAAAAGAGAAGAAAAGCAGAAAGAAUAUGAUUUUGAACAGAGAUUACAAGAACUUAAAGAUGAGGAGGAAAAAUUAAAAGAAUAUAGAAGAGAAAAAAGAAAAGAGAAAAAACGGAAAGCAAUUGAGGCUUUUGAUGGAGAAGUUGAUUCAGAUAUGGCAGCAAUAAUGGGUUUUUCUGGAUUUACUUCAUCAAAGAAAUAACUGCCAAUAAUGUACCUGGACUUCAGUUUUUGUAUAAGUUUAAAAAAGUUGUCCUUAUAUACAGAUGUAAAUAUUUUUCUUCGUAUACAUAGCUAUGUAUAAUAAAUACUUUUUAUCUUGAAAAA